AACUGUCAUAUAGCCUAUAAUUAUUAUUAUUAAAACAGAUUGUCUAAUGGCCAAGCCUAUUUUUCUCGUGUAAUAUUUUGUAGCGAUUGUUAUUUAGCUUUGUUAUAGUUUGAAUCGAAAGUUUUCAACAUGGUUGUCAAAGUGUAUAUCAGUGGUAUUUCUGGAAACAAAGAGGUGAAAAAACGACAGCAACGUGUCUUGAUGAUUCUAGAUUCGAAAAACAUAAAAUAUGAUGUCAUUGACAUAACGGAACCAGGAAAGGAAUCUGAUAAAGAGUUCAUGCAAAACAACUCGAAAUCGAACGGCGGCACAGUGAGCGACCCCAACCCGCGGUCACCGCUGCCGCCCCAGAUCUUCAACGAUGACGAAUACUGCGGGGACUAUGAUCAAUUUGACCUUGCCAAUGAAGUGGACACCUUGGAAAUAUUCUUGAAGAUGGAAGCCCCGCCUGAAGAGCCCCCACAAACUGAAAGCGAGCAGGAAAAAGCUGUCAAUGGUGAUGCUGAGGCUGAAACAAAGGAAUCUGAAGCAAGCAUAGAAGAUAAAGCUGAUACAACUGAGGCUGGUGAUGCUAAGGAAAAAACACCAGAAAAGGAAGGUAGUCCAGCGAAAGAGGCUUCACCAUCAAGAGAAGAAGGUGACAAAGCAUCUAAGGAGGGCACUCCAGCCAAGGAUGAGGAGGAGGGUGCUGAAGGUGAUACAAAAGAAAAGUCUCCAGAGAGACAAAAGUCUGUAGACAAAGAAGCCACAGAAGAGGAAAAAGCUGCAUCUCCUGAAAAGGAAGUAGAAGUUGAAGCCAAGAAAGCUUCAAAAGAAAGCUCACCGGCAAAGGAAGAAGUUAACGAAAAUGGUACUGUUAGUUCUCGUGAGCAUUCUCAAGAAAAAGAUGCUCCCUCUACUGAAACUGAGACUGCAGAAGUAAAGAAAGAUAACCCUUCAGAGGCUCUAAUCCAGAGCGAGCAAGUUGCUGCAGCUGAAUAAUGGACUGAACACUUACUUGCUUUUCAGCUCAAAUCAUGCCCUUCUAGCACUAAGCAAGCACUGUACAUUAAGUUCUGUUAUUUAUAAUGCAUCAUCAUCAUAACUUCUUUGAUAUAGUCAUUGUAUAUAAUGCAAAGAAGUAUUUGUUGAGUAUCAUGUUAUGUGGCGAUGUAUAGUUAUGUUUUCAUAUACAAUGUGGCCUAUUAUCGUAAAUCAUUAGAGUUAUAAUAAAAUUAAUCAAAUUUUCUAUGAAGUUCCAGAAUAAGAUUUCUAUAUAACAAUUUUAUCCUUCAUAAAAGCUUGUAUUAUUUUUAAAGUAUUAAUUUUUUAUUUACAAUUUGCUUAUCUUCUCAAGUUAGUAUUCCAUUGUGUAUUUUUACAAUGGAAUCAUUUUAAAUUAAUUUUAGACAUGAACUUUAUUUAAGUGAUGAUGAAUUACUUUUCAUUGAUGAGAAUGAUCCCUUUUGCUGUUACGCGUCUUGUUCGAUGCAAAAUCAAAAAGCCAUUACUUCGACUAGACUGCCAUGAAAUAUAGUAUUAUUUAUUUACAUUCAUUAUUUACGUUGUGAUCGCAAAACUGAUCAUUCUUUACAUGAAUUCACUGCUUUUGGUUGUAACAAAUUACUUUUAUCAUGACAAAAUUAUUCAUUCAUUUUAUUAAUUUUAAUUAAAGACAGUUUUUUUUAACAAUUUUUUCAUAUUAAUUAUAUAAAAUACGAACGAAA